AUGGGAACCAUAGUAAGCAAGUGCUGCACUACUUAAGGUGAAAGCUCUAAUGGAGAUUUUACUUUGCAAAGAACUGUAUAGGCCCCUCUGAGAAAACGAGGAAAUUCCAUUGAAGAUUACAUUUCAGAUCCAUUGAAAGACUAUAAGCACCAAGAUCAUAAUAAAUAAGAAGUAGAUCUCACGAAAUCUGAGUAUAGUGAAGUUAAAAAUUCUGAGUCCAAUGCCACCAAGGAUUAUGUCAAAUCCUCUAUCAUAUCUUAGUUCAAUCCAGACGACGAAGAUGAUUCCUAAGACAAUGAAGUGCAAAAUAUGGCAGAUAUGGCAAGUCCCAAAGACGAAGGCCGCGAAAAUUCAAAAUAAUAGGAGAGACAUCAGCUUCAAGAGAUAAAGGAGUAUAAUGAUUUUAGCGAGGAUGUGCAUCGAUAUCAUCAAACUUGCGUGUCUAAAGGGAGUCCUGAUCACAGAGGCUUUCUCUCAGAUGACGAUGAUAUAUAAAUUGAACUGAUCCCAUAAUCAGCACAUGGCAUCAGGUCGCAGAGACAUUCAGUUCUAAACCCCAAAACCAAUCAUGAAAGUCUUAUUGGGAAAGAUGGAUUGAUAUUCGAAGGCCCGAAUUCAAAUGACAGCAGUGACCUAUUGUCAAGUGGUCCUUCUCAUCACCCAUUCUCAACGAAGAAUUGCUUGGUCUACAAGAACCCAAAUGACUAGAGCUGCUUUUUCAUUCUGUAGAACUAAGUUUUUGCUCAUGAAUGGCUAGUGUAUGAUAUGAUUGAUCGAAAGUAUCUUGCAGAUUAACUUUCCCACCGCUAAUCAGUUGUGAAUGUACAGGAAGUGACUAAAGAUAAGAAUAGCAAUGAAAAGCUUAUUAAAUUUGCAAUCACCCACUCUAGUAGUCAUAGCCAACUUUGUAAAAUCCUACCUUAAGCUUUCUAUGAUUAAACUCUUGAUUAGCCUUAUCAUUAUCAUGAGGACUUUUAGUAUUUUGGUUAGUAUAAAACUGACAAGCUAAUUGUAAAAGCAGUCAUCUUUGAUGAUGAUAGAUAUAUAUAAAACAAAGAAGUUAUAAAUUAGCAAGUUAUCUAUCAAAACUAGGUCUUGAAGGUUGUUGAUAACUCUUAAUUCCAUCCAGAAGUUCUUGAAGAGCUAAUCCUAGUAGAGUUAAAGGAAAAUUCACUUUGUGCAAUAGGGUAUAUAGUUAUCUAGAAAGUUCCUCAGCAUAGUUUGAUAGAAAUUAUAAGAGACUAUUGGAUACCAUCAAUGCUAAAGUAGCUAAUUAAUACUCAAGGGAUGAUUGAAAUCUUUUCUAAGGAUAAGCUGAUUUAUAUCAUUUCUUAGAUUCUUUCCAUUAUAAACAACCUAAGUCAGAAGGGCUUUGGAGUUUUCUAAUCAAUAAAUGCUGAAAAUUUACUAAUUGAUGUUCAUCACUAUACACUCAAACUAAGCAGUCCCCUCAUUUAAUAUCUUAAACCUGAUAAUCAGAUUAGAGGUUAUUACAAGGAUUAAGGUUCAAAUCAUUGCAUAAACGGAAGUAUAAAGAAAAAAGAGGCUAAAUUCUAAGAUAUGGUAUAAUUAGCUGAAUUUAUUUAUAAUCUCUGCAAGAUUCUUCAAAUACAAGAUGUUUUUAUUGGCCAACUCAUUAAAGAUCUCCUGAAUCAUGAAAAGCAAAUAGGUUCAAUCUAAAAGUAGUUCUUAUAAAACAUUUUGGAAUUCGAUCCUUUCUUGUACUACAGAUUAGGAAUUUAGUUUUAAAAGGAAAGAAAGCUCACAGCAGCUCAUGACAUUUUGUAAAUUUACGAAGUCGAUAUAAAAUCAAUAAAAAAUAGCGUUAGUAAUUCUAGUAAAAGCUAAAAGUCAAUUUUCGACAAGGGCAAAAAUAAAAUCUAGCAAGGUUUAAUAUUUAAACUCCAAGGUGAACUUCUGAAAGAUUUGAACCAAGACUUAGUAAAAGCUUUAACAUAUGAAUAAAGAGCAUUAGCAAUUUUUAUCAAGUAUUUUGAAAGCUUGCCAAUUAGCAAUAAAAUAGAUAGGAAAGAUGAGAUGGAAGUCAAAGCGCACAUUUCAAUCUUGAAGAAGUAACUAAAUAUUUAUGGAAAGAUAGCUUAAUCAUAAAAUCAAGGCAAUGAUACUUAAACUCCUAAUCAUCCUAUUAUCUCUGAUACUUUCCUUAAUAUAGGACUUACUUACCUGUAGAAGCAAGACUUCAUACGAGCAUUACUAAACAUCUUCAAAGCUCUUAAGUAAAGAUUAAGAUUGGAUGGUGCAAAUCAUUAAUCUCAGCUAAAGAUUUUAUAUCUUAUAGCUUAAAUUUACUCUAAGAAUAUGGAUGGGUAAUAGGAAGUAGCUAUAAUGUUCCUCAAGAAGAUUAAGAAAAUCCUAAUCCAAAAUUUAAACCCUGAAAUUGUGAAGGAUCAAUUUGAUCUAACUCAACUUUAUAUAUAGAUUUCAAACCUCUAUAACGACUUGAAAUUCACCUAGAAGUCUCUGAAGUAUAAUGAGAAAGCAAUUUCUAUAAUCUAAACAAAACUCCUUAAAGUGAUGAACCUCAAAAAUUAAUAAUAGCCCUCUCAGAUACUUGAUGUAUUAGUGCAAUUGUACAAUUCUCAGGGAAAACUUUAGAUGAAGAAGGGUGAUUUUAAGGAAUCUGUCAAAAAUUUUACUCUUGCCUUAGAUUUACUAAAGGAACUGCCAAAUAGAAAUAUGCAGGCAACAUUAAAUGCUUAACUAUUGGCAAACAUUGGUUCUGCGCAUUUAAUGCUGAAGAAUUAUGCAGAGGCUAUUUAGUAUUUAUAAGAGUCUAAAUCAUUUAAGAGCAAUGGUCAAUCCAAAACUUAAGGCAAAAAACCAGAGUAAUAUAUAAUAGAUUAACUUAAAAUCUGUGAAUGCUACAAAGGGUUGCAAGAUUAUAAGUCAUGUGAAUCCAUUUAUUAGCAAUUAAUUGAUUACACUAAGAUUAACUUGCCAGAUAGAUUAGAAUAAAUAGCGAAUUACUAUGAGUAGUUGGCUGAGAUUUAUCAAUAUUAAAGUGAUUUACAGGAAGACAUGAGAAUUUAAAAAGCAUUAGAAAUGAUUAAAUAGGCUGUUGAUCUUUAUAAGAAAUCAAGCAUAGAGAGAUAUAGUGACAUUUAUAUUAAAGCUUUGCUGAUAAAUGGGGUACUAUCAUUGAAAACAGGAGAGAAUAUAAAAGAUUUGAGAGAGGAAAUAACUACGAUUUUAAAGAAUAUUUUUACUAACUCUGGGCUAUUCGCAGAAUAUUCUGAAAUUAUAAGCGAUGGGAUAUUUAAUGAUGCAAAAGCAAGUGAUAUGGUGUUAUAAGUCUGCGGUCCCUUUAAAAACAAUGAAUUGUUCAGAUAGAGUAGAGCAAAAGAAAAAUGGAGGAUGCUUGUGCUGGAAUCAAAUAUUGACUGA